GUUGAAAAAGACAAAACAGCUUGAGAACAUAGAAGGACAACAGUAUAGUUGUGGAAUGGGCUUUGAUGGACACGAUGCUGCUCAGGAAAUUUCAGCACCAGCUGCAGCCUCAAAGAUUGAGAAAGUAUCAUUAACCAAAGACUACCAUCAAAUCAUAUUUGAUUUGGAAACAUCUGGAAGGGGUAAUGAUGCUGAAAUCCUACAAAUUGCAGCAACAGAUGGUAAUGAUGAGUUCUCUAUUUAUAUCAAGCCUCGUAAUGUACUAUCACCAGAAGCAUCUGCUGUGAACAAACUCACCUUCCAAAGAGCAAUACUGUUUUAUGAUGGGAAGCCAAUAACUGAUGCUGUUGCAAUUGAUGUGGCACUGAAGACCUUCAUUGAGUGGCUCAAAUCAAGAAUGCCUUGCAUUUUAGUAGCACACAAUUGCAAAUCCUUUGAUGCCAGGUUCUUGGUGCAAGCAGCAGAGAAAAAUGGAGUCAUGGAUGACUUAGUUAAAACAGUUUCUGGCUUUACAGACCCUCUUUCAGCAUUCAGGGAAUUGCUUCCUGAAAGGAAAUCCCAAAGCCAAGAAAACCUGGUACAAGGUCUUCUGGGUAAAUCCUAUGAAGCUCACAAUGCUCUUGCAGAUGUGCAAACACUUUACCAGCUGGUGAACAAGUUUCUAAAUGUCAAACUGCUACAAAAGCACAGCUUCAAAGUUUCAUGGGUGGCAUCCUAUCAGAAGCUCCUAAAAGAAAAGAAACUUCUGGUUAAUACCCUGCAGCCAUUAGUUAGAGAGAAGUACAUUUCAGCCUCAAUGGCCAUUAAGUGUACAAGCUCAGGUUUGGGUCUCCCUCACCUACAAGUGGUAUGCCAAAGAGGCAAGGAAGAAGGGGUGAAGCAAGUUCUCAUGGAGAGGUUUGACAACAAACCCAGAGUCUCCUCAAACAAGCGGGUGCUGGCACAAAUAUGUCAGUACUCUAUCGAUAAUGCAAAUUAA